UUUUUCACACUUUUGUAAACAACAUGGCGAUUCACGGACUGGCUCUGCUAGCAGACUGAUCAAACACUGUGUUCUCAGACCUCCGGCUCUCUAGCUUUGUGAGGGGGUUGUGUUAGACGGUGCGGAAGUUGUACACCGAGCACACGAUCCAGUUCGCGGAGAAACGACAAAGAGGUGGACCGACGAGCUGUCAAGAAGAUCGUUUGACAGUCCAACGGCCAUCUUCAGUCUAUGGGCUCACAGUCCAGUUCUGGGAUGUCUGGUGGAAGGGGCUCUUCCAGUGGCAACCCAGGAGAGCAGUCUGAAGCGACAGAAUCAAACCAGGGCGGCAGCAGCAGCCGAGGCCGCAGGACGGACAGGCAGUCUUCAUCAGAGGAGGACGUUGACUUAGCAGAAGUGCUGGCUUACUUACUGAGGAGGGGUCAGGUAAGACUGGUCCAUGGCAGUGGAGCCACGGGGCUGCAGCUGGUCCAGUCGUAUUCUGACUCUGAUGAAGACAGCGAUGGAGCCUGGGAUGGACGGCUGGGUGACCGCUAUAAUCCACCAGUGGACACCCAACCUGACACACACGAAGUGGACCGGAGUGAGAUCCGCACUCAGAUCCUGCUGGCCACCGCCUCCUCUUCCUUGAAAGGCUAUCGCAGUUUCACUCGCAUGCUAGCAGAGAGAGAAAAAGGCAGAUGUAGAGGCUCCAGUUUUUCCCACGGAGAGUGCAGUCGUAUCCGUACGCAUUUCCUGCCAAACUAUGUGUCCCACAAGGAUACAUACCAGCAGAAAGCCUUCUGUGGAGUGUACAGCGAGGAUGGCAACAUGUUCCUCUCUGCCUGCCAAGACCAGAACAUCCGCCUGUACGACACCAGUAGGGGGCGUUUUCACCUGUGGCGAACGGUAAAGGCCCGUGACGUGGGCUGGAGCGUGCUGGACGUCUGCUUCACCCCCGACGCGCACCACGUGCUCUACUCCAGUUGGUCUGACUACAUUCAUAUGUGCAGUAUAGAUGGAGACAGUGAAAACCACACCGCCCUGGACCUCAAUCCAGAUGAGAGGAGGUUCUGUGUGUUCUCGCUGGCUGCGUCCACAGAUGGCAAAGAGAUCCUGGGAGGAGCAAACGACGGCUGCCUUUACGUUUUUGAUCUUGAGCAGAAUAAACGAAUGUUGAAGAUUGAUGCCCACGAGGACGAUGUGAACGCGGUGGCGUUCGCCGACAGCUCGUCCCAGCUGCUGUUCUCUGGCAGCGAUGACGCACUGUGCAAGGUGUGGGACAGACGGACGCUGCGGGAGGACAGACCGCAGCCUGUUGGACAGCUGGCCGGCCACCGAGACGGCAUCACCUUCAUCCACAGCAAGGGUGACGCUCGCUACCUGAUCAGCAACUCGAAGGACCAGUCCAUCAAGCUGUGGGAUGUCAGGAAGUUCUCGCCCAAAGAGGGGCUGGCAGCUUCCCGCCUGGCUGUCACCCAGCAAAACUGGGACUACCGUUGGCAGCAGGUUCCCCAGAGAGCCCUGAAGAGACACAAGCUGACAGGGGACACCUCAGUAAUGACCUACCGAGGUCAUGGCGUCCUCCACACCCUGAUACGCUGCCGUUUCUCACCAGAGUUCAGCACCGGGCAGAGAUUCAUCUACUCCGGCUGUUCCACGGGCAAAAUCGUCAUCUACGAUGUGCUGACCGGCACGGUGGUAACCAGACUGGUGGGCCACGACGCGUGCGUGAGAGAUGUCAGUUGGCACCCGUACGAGGACAACAUCAUCAGCAGCUCUUGGGACGGAGCGGUUCGGAUGUGGGAGCACAGACAAACCCAUCCACUAGACGAGGAGCGAGACACGGCAAGGGGAGGAGGAGGAGGAGGAGGAGGAGGAGAGGAAGGGAGCUGUUGGAGGAAGUGAUGUCACUGCAGAGGAAGGCAGUGAGCUCAGAAGGCCUGGGAGAGACUUGAGUAUCUGCUAACGUUAGUGCGGGAUAUUAGUGAUUAAAAUCAAAGCGUGGCUGUGAAGAGUUCACCGGGAAGGCGCCGGAGCCUCGCGCUGUCCAGUGCCGAUCGGAGCACGGCAGGACGGCUGUUGCCGCCUGCAGCUGUUUUUCUUUUUUUCCCCUCUGUUUUUUGUUUUUUGCCUCAUGUCUUGCACAGAAUAAGCAGGCCAGAGCUUUUUCAAUCCAGCCUGGGACAUUUUACUCAAAAUGCGCUGAAGCUGCACUUAAUGAGCUGUUGGAAUUAAACGAUAAGUUAGUGAUUAUAUACAUAUAUACACACAUAUAUAUGGAAAAAACAACAACUUUGGAUGUUGCAGGGGAACGUAAUGAUGAUAAUUUUGUAAAAAUGUAUAGAAUUUUAAUUUGUUUGUUUGUGUGUGUGCGUGUGUGCGCGUGUGUGUUCAGGGAGUGUAUUUAGAUUGUCGUCGGUGUCCUGAGUCUGUUUGGACUCUGCUGUUAUGUAUAACACAACACAGGCUGUGUCCUAUUUUAGGGAACAUCUACCUUUACAGACUCAACAUAUAGUCAUAAACAUUUUUUUUUUCCUGUUGUCAAACUCAUGAAGCUGAUAAUUGCAUUAGCUUUCCUGAGUUUAUUCAAAACUCGACAGACUCAAGGAAGUUUCAUAGUCAUUAUUCGACCUGGUCUGCCUCAUCAGAAAGAGUAUGAAAGUUUUCGCUGUUAUUCUGAAUCCUCUGUAGGCUUCCUCAAGGCUAAUGUUAACUCCCUGUCCCUCAGACACAGCAAUAUUCUCGUUCCAGGGUCAGCACUCAGUGUAAUUUUUGGCUAAAUGUAAGCCUGUGAUUUGAUUCAACGAUUUGAUUGUCUGUGAUUAAUGUGUUCAAGUCAGCACUUUGGGGAAGGGGAACACGCACAUGGUUUCAAAAUGAUCUGUAUAUGCAAUUUUCAGGUGUUUAUAUCAAAGCUCAUAUUUCACUCUCAGACUUUGCAGUUAUAAUAAAAACCUUUCUUCAAGCGUA